CACAUCACGGAAGUUGGCUGCAGAGCAGGAAGCCUCAUUAUCCUAUCGUAUAUUUCGUGAAACGGAGAAAUUUCCCGCCAUUUUUAUAGGGAUUUUGUUUACAUCAGGAGUAAUGUCCGUUCCUCUCUUCAACAUUGCUCCUAAUUUGACAGUUUCAAGGCUCUGUUUAGGAACAAUGACUUUUGGGGAGCAGAACUCUCUUCCUCAGUCAUUUCGUCUUCUCGAUCAAGCUUUUGAAGCCGGAAUCAACUUCUUCGACUCUGCCGAAAUGUACCCAGUUCCUCAGUGCUGGGACUCAAGGAAAAGUGAGGAAUACUUUGGUCGGUGGGUUAGACAGAGGAAUAUCUCCCGUGAUCGUGUUGUCAUUUCUACCAAGGAUUACAGUGUGUUGAUAGAUCUCUGUGCUGUCAGUCGGAACUCCCAACAAUCGGAAGGAAUUGUGUUCUUGGGGGUGUCUAUGUGCUGUUUUAGCAUUGGGAUUUUAUCCUCCUGGCCCUUGGAGGAUUCUGGGAGUGUCUCAUGUGGUUCACCCGGUUGA